AUGAACAGACCAAGAAUAGCCGAACCCAAACCAACUCUUAAUGUUUCCAUUAAUCCGCAUCUAUAUAGGCGACUAAAAAAAGAAAUUGGUGACCGCAAAGUUAGUGGUUUUGUAGAAAGAGCCAUUGCGAAAGAAUUGGGCGAACAUGAUAGCCAGUUAGAACGAGAACAAAAAGAAUUUGAACGAAAACUAAUUGCUGAUUACCAAAAAGAAUCGAGCCAAACACUAGAUAAAGAAGAUAAAAUCAACAACUGGCAGAAUCGAAAUAGUCGCUACGCGGUGGUAGCUCCCUUGACCAGCGAAGAGAAAAAGUUAAAAUAUGUUGCUAGUUUUGAAGUAUUAAUCGAAGCCAACCAAGAAAAUGGUCUAGAUGAAAAAAGCAAAAUUCUCUUUCAUCGCUUAUUAACUGUCGAGAAAGAUUUAAGACUAAUCGAGCGAAAAGGAAAAGUAGAGAAGAAAAUUUUAACCCAGGCGUGGAAAGCUUUAUGA